AUAAGCUCUUCUACACUGAUAAACAUUUCUCAGACGCCCUAGUUAGAUCUUGAGUUAUUCAUUUAAUUUGUUCACUUCGGCUACUAAAUAUGAAUACUAAGCUUGCACUUGUUGUCACACUCUUUCUAGCCUCAUGCGCGGUUUCCAAGGGAAGAUUUCUAAGUUUUUCGAAACAACUGGAUCGCUAUAGUUUUCCUCCGAAUUUUAGUUUUGGUGUUGGUUCUUCAGCUUAUCAGUAUGAAGGUGCAUUCGCUGAAGGAGGAAGGACACAGAGCACUUGGGACAACUUCACACAUGCAUAUCCAGAAAGGACAAAUAUGGACAAUGGAGAUAUAGCCGUUGAUUUUUAUCAUCGAUACAAGGAUGACAUCAAGUUGAUCAAGGAAAUGAAUAUGGAUACUUUCAGAUUUUCCAUCUCUUGGUCAAGAAUAUUACCAAGCGGAAAAGUAAGCGACGGAGUAAACAGCGAAGGGAUUCAAUUCUACAAAAAUCUCAUUGAUGAACUUAUCAAUAAUGGCAUAAAACCCUUUGUAACUAUCUACCAUUGGGAUAUCCCUCAAGUUCUAGAGGAUGAGUACGGUGGAUUCUUAAGCCCUCGAAUCAUUGAUGAAUUCCGGAACUUUGCAAAACUGUGCUUCCAAGAAUUCGGUGACAAGGUGGAUAUGUGGAUAACGUUCAACGAGCCAUACAUUUAUAGCGUUGCGGGUUACGACAAGGGUACUAAAGCAAUGGGACGUUGCUCGAAAUGGGUAAACAGCUUAUGUGUGGCUGGCGAUUCGAGCACAGAACCGUACUUAGUCUCUCAUCAUCUUCUUCUAGCUCAUGCUGCAGCUGUUGAAGAGUUUAGAAAUUGUGACAAGAUCUCACAAGAUGGUAAGAUAGGCAUGGUGUUAUCACCUGUGUGGGCCGAACCUUAUGAUGUCGCUUCCCAUGCUGAUAAAGAAGCAGUUGCACGAUCUCUUGCCUCCUAUGUUGGUUGGCAUCUUGAUCCUCUAGUUUUUGGAGAUUAUCCGGAAACGAUAAAGAAUAAUGCUGGAAAUAGAUUGCCUUCUUUUACCAAAGAACAGUCAGAAUCAAUCAAAAACUCAUUUGAUUUCAUUGGAAUAAAUUACUACACUGCUCGAUUCGUUGCUCACCAGCUUCAUCGCGACCCUACACGACUUAGUUUCAGUACGGAUCAACACCUCGAAUAUAAAGUGACAAAUUGUAACGGCGAUUAUAUCUCUUCAGAAUCGGAUGGAUCAAAACUUCUCUACACAUAUCCUGAAGGCAUACGCAAGAUUCUAAAUUAUGUUAAAGAUAAAUAUAACAACCCAACUAUUUACAUAACAGAAAAUGCAAUCACUGUGGAUGGGUGUGACGUGAGGGGGUAUUCUGCAUGGUCGUUGUUAGAUAAUUUUGAAUGGGAACGUGGCUACACAAUGAGGUUUGGUCUGCACUACGUUGAUUAUGCCGAUGAUCUAAAACGAUAUGCUAAAGAUUCAGCCAAAUGGUUCAAAAAGUUCCUCGAGAGAUCGGAACAAUUUACACCACUGGAUCUGUUUAAGAGUACCAAGAAAUGGUGGUCUGCGUUGCAGAUGAUCUAAGUUCUUUGGAAAAUUAGGAUCAUGCACCUGAAUCUUUGUCGUAUUGUAGAUUACAAAAUAUACGUUUACGAUGAUGUUUUUUCUUACAAGAUUAACUUGUGAUUUUGGUAGAUAUUUACUCUCUCACUGCCCAAAAUCCUGGGUAUGUAUUUACUCUCUCACUACCCAAAUUCCUUAAAAAACAUAAAUAUUAUCAUUAAUUUUAUAUA